AUGGAAGACCACAGCAUGGUUAGGGGAACAGAAGGUGAAACACCCCCCAAUACUAGUAGCACGCAGAACUGUGACAGACAGGCAGAAAUUGAUGAAAAGGUGCAAAAUGGGGAUUAUACAACAGAGAAAGAAAAUCCCAAUGGACAGAAGAGCUGUAAGUGUAUUCAGUGCGGGAAAAGCUUCACUCGUAAGUCUUCUCUUAUUGUACAUCAGAGAGUCCACACAGGGGAGAAACGCUUCAUGUGUACACAGUGCGGGAAGAGGUUCAGCCUCAAGUCUUCUCUGGUCAGACACCUGAGGAUCCACGUCACAAAGACUGCAAAUAUAUGUCCAGAUUGUGGCAAGUGCUUCACUCGCUAUUCCAGCCUUUUCCAGCAUCAGAAAGUCCAUAAUGGAGUGAGACAUUUUAGAUGCCGUGACUGCGGGAAGAGUUUUGUUAAAACAUCAGAACUUGUGGUCCAUCAGAGGAUACAUGAAAGAAAGGGACAGGGUGGAAAAAGUUCUAAUGUCCUGGACCAUGUCACCAUCCUUCACAAAGCAGAGGAAGCAAAUGAUCGCCUGGAGUGCGGUAGAAGCUUUAGACAGAACAACUCCUUCAUCAGACACCAGAGGAAACACAAAGUCCAGGCUUUGAUUCCUGCUGUCAGCGUUUAUGGACCCACAAAUGGCAGCACUAUUGGCCAUAAGUCAGGUACAAAUCUAUCUGCUCAGUUUGUCAGGACCGAUAGAUCUCUACAGUCAGAAGAUGAAUCUAGUCCUGCUGGAAGGAAAGUCACCAGUACAGGGAGACUUUUUCUGUGUGCGGAGUGCGGCAAAAGCUUCACUCGAAAGUCUUCUCUUAUUGUACAUCAGAGAGUCCACACAGGGGAGAAACGCUUCAUGUGUACACAAUGUGGGAAGAGAUUCAGCCUCAAGUCUUCUAUGGUCAGACACAUGAGGACUCACUCUCCAAAAAUCCUAAACAUUUGUCCCGAUUGUGGAAAGUGCUUUAGCCGCUACUCAGGCUUACUUCAGCACCAGAAAGUUCACAGGAGGAGAAAAACAUUUCAGUGUCUUCAUCGUGAGAAGAGCUUUUCUGGAGUAUCACAGCUGGCAUCGCACCAGAGAAUACACACAGCCCUAUGGACGUUCCCGGAGACAGAUUCUGGAGUGGACUCUGGAGUGGAUGAUCGAGAUAAACCGGCCAACCAUGCAGAAGAGUCCCACAUGGGCCCAUCAUGUGGGGAGAGUUUUCAGGAGCAAAGUAUGUUCCAAAAACACCAAGGUGAAUCCUUUAUUGGUACAACCGUUGACUCAAGAACAUGCUUCAGUGUGUGUGAAACUGACCAGAAAGGUGGAGAAGGUAGGGUAUCCCAGCAUCAAGACACAUGCAGUAAUUCGCAGCUAAAUUUGGUAGAAAACCAUUCCACUUCCAAUGGCGAUAAAGCAGACAGGAAGGUCAGGAGUGGUAAAAAACUGUUUUUGUGUGCAGAGUGUGGGAAAAGCUUCACUCGGAAGUCUUCCCUUAUUGUACAUCAGAGAGUCCACACAGGGGAGAAACGCUUCAUGUGUACACAGUGCGAGAAGAGGUUCAGCCUCAAGUCUUCUCUGGUUAGACAUCUGAGGAUCCACGUCCCAAAGACUGCAAAUAUAUGUCCAGAUUGUGGAAAGUGCUUCACUCGCUAUUCCAGCCUUUUCCAGCAUCAGAAAAUUCACAGAAGAGUGAAAUCCUAUAAGUGUUCUCAGUGUGAAAAGAGCUUCUGUCGCACAUCACAGCUUGUAGUACACCUGAGGACACACAAGAUGCAGGAAUUGUAUCUCAAAGCAGAAGACAAAACAAACCACAAUGUCAUUAAUAGCAGUACAAGGGAAUCGCAUGUAUGCUUGCAGUGCGGACAACAGUUCUGGCAGCAGGAUCUAUUAAAGAGACACCAGAUAGAACAUACAGCAAGUGGCGUGUCUCCCACCAGUAAGAUGCAUGAAGAGAAUCGGGAAAAUAUUGAUUUUCAAGGUUGUAACACCAAAGAUGACUUUAAAACCUUUCCAGAAGAAAGCAAUCGUACACAUCUUACCAGUUGUAAUACAAGGGAUAUUCACUCCAACAAGGCAUUGCCGGGUGGAGUGGAGAGAGGCGAUUGUACAAAAGCCAUUAAACUGAAUCCUAAUGAAAGAUCUUCUUCCAGCAGGGAAAAGUCUUAUCACUGCAUUGAAUGUGGGAAAUACUUCACUCGGAAAUCCUCCCUGAUUGUACAUCAGAGAGUUCACACAGGAGAGAAACUCUACAUGUGUACAGAGUGUGGAAGGAGGUUUGCAUUCAAGUCUUCUCUGGUCAGACACAUGAGGACCCACACUGAGCAGCCCCUUAAUAUCUGCUCUCAAUGUGGCCUUUAUUUCAGUCAUUAUCAAGAUCUGUCAGUGCAUAUGGAAAGCCAUAAUAGUGAGCUGCCCCUCAAUCACAAUGCUGUCUUAAAGAUUGAGCCUGAUGAACAACACUGGCUAUUAGAUAUGGAGCGUUCAUCGGAUGAAAAUACAACCGAGGUGUCAAUGCCAUUAUGGAAUGAGCCAGAGUCUGGUUUACCAGACAGAGCUCAGACGUCACUGGGCAACCCAUCUAUACUGCCUGGAGCACCUGUUAGUCACUGUGUGGCUUUUCCCCAUGCCACAAGGGAGCAAACACAAGGCAAUUCUCUAAACAUAAAGGAAGAGAUUGUAGAAAACACAUGCACUGCUGGUGAGCACCUUGAGAACCACACUAACGGAGAAAUGACUACAUACCACUACUCGCUUAACUGGGGAGUUGAUUUUGAUGUUUCAAAAGCUUUAAACAAAGACAAUUCUGAGGAGAUGGAGAAGAGUGCAAGCCCUUUAGCCAAGUCCACAAUAAAACAGGCAGCUAGUAGUAUCUUACAUGUAAGCUUAUGGGAUCAUGGAUCAGAUGAAGACCACAGAGCUCAGGGUGGAGGAAAGCGCUUUCUGUGUGCCGAGUGUGGGAAAAGCUUCACUCGGAAGUCUUCCCUUAUUGUACAUCAGAGAGUGCACACAGGGGAGAAACACUUCAUGUGUACACAGUGCGGGAAGAGGUUCAGCCUUAAGUCUUCUUUGGUCAGGCACAUGAGGACUCACUCUUCAGAGCUGUUAACUUGCCCCGAGUGCGGAAAAGCCUUCAGGAACCAUUCCAGAUUUUUGCAGCAUCAGACUAGUCACAAAGUGGACUGACCAAACAUCGUCCUAAUUAC